AUGGCGAUCUUCAGGCAGCUGUCCCUGGGCGCAAAGGCCGCCCUGGCAGCCGGCACUGUCUUCGUGUCCAUGGUCAUCUCCCGCUCCUACCUGGCGGAGAGCCUCGAGCUCAGGGCCUGGCGGUGGCUGUUCCGCCUGCAGCUCGCCCUGUUUGCCAACUCGCUCAUGCUCCUCGGUUCCCUCUACAUCUGGCGAAGCACCGUCAGCAACCUCAGCCACUCCCCUGCUGCAGAGUCGGCCUGUUUCCAGCUUUGGAAGUUGGCCGUUGUGGCCUUCCUGGCCCUGGCCCAUUCCAGUUUCUUCACCAUGAUCUUUCUAGUGGCCGAGGAGCCCUAUCUCUUUUCCCUGACGGCCUACUCCUGCCUUGGGGCAUACAUCAUCAUGGUCUGCUUCCUCUGUACCCUCAGUGGCAUGGAGCAGGCCUACCAGCUCCUGGCCUUGCGCGCCGGCAGGGUGGUGGGCAGCCUUGACAAGACAAGGAAGCUGGCACUCAGGCCAGCGCUGGCGGUGCUGGUGUCCGCCGUGCUCAGUGUGGUAGGGCUGCUGAACGCUGCCCAGCCCCCGGCUGUGAAAACCGUGGAGGUGCCCAUCCAUUGGCUGCCCGCCUCCAUGGACAACCUCAAGAUCGCGCUGCUCUCCGACAUCCACUUGGGCCCCACGGUGGGCAGGACCAAGAUGGAGAUGUUCGUGAAGAUGGUGAACACGCUGGAACCGGACGUCACAGUGAUUGUGGGUGACCUGUGUGAUGCCGAAGCCUCUGUCCUCCGGACAGCCGUCGCUCCUCUGGGCCAGCUUCGUUCACGCCUCGGCACCUACUUCGUCACGGGGAAUCACGAGUACUACACAUCAGAUGUCAGCAACUGGUUUGCGCUGCUGGAAUCCCUGAACGUCACGCCCCUUCACAAUCAGAACGUGAAGAUUUCUGCCACCCAGGCCCAGCCUGGCAGGGGUGAGGAUGAUGACUGGAUCUGCUUGGCCGGGGUGGACGACAUCGAAGCAGACAUCCUGCACUACUCUGGCCACGGCAUGGAUCUCAAGAAGGCUCUGGGGGGCUGCAGCCCGGACCACACCACCAUCUUGCUAGCUCAUCAGCCCCUGGCUGCCAAGAGAGCUCUCCAGGCUCGGCCAGAUAUCAACUUGAUCCUUUCUGGGCACACUCACGCUGGGCAGAUCUUUCCCUUGAAUGUGGCAGCCUAUCUCCUGAACCCCUUCUUUGCUGGUCUGUACCAAGUGGCCCAGACUACAUUUGUUUAUGUGAGCCCAGGCACGGCCUACUAUGGGAUACCCAUGCGACUGGGCAGCAGGGCGGAGAUUACAGAGCUCGUCCUGCAGCGGGUUCCCUGA